UAUUUGUACCAGUAUCCUAGUUGCCAUAUACUUUUAUUCGUCGUGUAGAUUUUUACUGCUUUGAUUUUUCUGCCAGGAUUUAAAAGUCUUUGAUUGGAUUAGAACAUAGAAGCCUAUACUCAGUGAGAAAAUGGAUCAAGAGAUAAGAGUGGUUGUUGUGGGUUCCCAGUUCUCUGAAAAAGCAGCAGUGAUUAACAGUAUUUUUGGUGAUGAAGUUGAGUUGGACAGAUUCUUUCUAAAGUCUGUGAGGAGAGAAGGUGACGUGAAUGGAAGGAAGAUCACUCUGAUUAACACAACCUGCUGGUGGAAGGAGUACAGUACGAAGGAUUUGCCAGAAGUGGUCAAACAGGAACUGGUGUGCAGUGUCUUCCUGUGUCCACCAGGACCUCAUGUUUUUCUGCUGGUCGUUGAUCUCAGUUUGCCUUUUCCUCAAGAACACAGAAUCAGUAUUGAGGAACAUCUUGGUCUCUUUGGAGACAGAAUCUGGUCACACGUCAUAGUACUCUUUACACGAACAGUUUCACUGAAAGAUGAAUCCAUUGAGCAGCACAUACAGAAUCAAGGAGAAGAUCUGCAGCAGAUCAUCCAGAGAUGUGGACACAGAUACCACAUCUUUGAUAUUGACAAUAAAGGUAAUGGAGUUGAAGAACUGCUCGUGAAGAUUGAUGGUGUUGUGACUGUAAACAAUGGCAAACACUUUGAAACUGAUGAUGAAAAACUACUUGAGGUGAAGAAAAAGAGAGAAGAAAUUCAAGAGAGAGCAAAAGCCAGACAAACAAUGGUGCAGGAAAAAACAGAACAGCUGACAGAAAAAGGUGACGUGUUUUCACUCCGAUCACUGAGAGUUGUUCUGGUGGGUUGGAUCCUUGCUGGGAAAAGUGUCAGCAGGAAACACCAUCUUGAAUGAUGACGUAUUUAAAGCAGGAAAAAUGAAAUCAUAUGUAGAAGGUUCUGGUGAUGUGAAUGGAAGGAAGAUAACGGUGAUGGACACACCAGGCUGGUGGAAGUAUGUUUCAACCCAAUUCAAUCCAGAGUUUAUCCAGACAUCACUUCUAGAGAGUGUUUCAGAAAGUGGAAAAUUUCCCCA